AACUCUAUCAAGUGCUUCCAUCGAAAAGGCAAACCAAAAGUCAUUCCAAUGGCCACCAUUCAAUCACUUCUCCCUCAUGUAACUCCUUGUCGUCCCAAAUACUUGCAAGAGGACGAUAUAAGCCAAGAUUGCAAAGCCUUAAUUUUAACCUUACCCAAAGACCAAGGUUGGCUUAUAUGUAAUGUUUACCAAUACCAAGGGUUUUGGCACCCAAUUAGGCAGCUUCAAGGGGUGCUUACAUGCCAACGCCACUUCCAAGCUCGCGACACCGACCUCAUCCUCACCACUAGCCCAAAAUGCGGCACCACUUGGCUCAAAGCCUUAGCCUACGUGGUCGUAAACAGAAAAACCAAUCCCUUAGGAUGUGAUAACCAUCCAAUUCUCAUAAAUAAUCCUCAUGAGUUAGUACCUUUCUUAGAGCUCAAGGUCUUUGUUGAUAACCAAGUGCCUGACCUCACAAAUUUGCCCUCUCCUAGGGUUUUUUCGACGCAUUUACCCGUCGAGUCUCUACCGUUAUCCAUCAAGGAAACGGGUUGUAAAGUUGUAUACUUGGCUAGAGACCCAAAAGAUGCCUUCAUCUCAUUAUGGCACUUUGCUAAUAAACUUAGGCCUAAGGAUGGAGGAGAGAUCUCACUAGCAGAAGCAUUUGACAAGUUUUGCAAGGGAGUGAGCCUUUGUGGUCCUUUUUGGGAUCAUGUUUUAAGCUAUUGGAAGUAUAGCUUGGAUAACCCGCAAAAAGUGUAUUUCUUAACCUAUGAAGACUUGAAAAGGCAACCUAAGUUGCACUUAAAAAAGUUGCUGAGUUUGGGGUGUCCUUUUUCUGUAGAAGAGGAAAAUGAAGGUUUAGUUGAAGAUAUCCUCAAGUUGUGUAGCUUUGAUAACUUGAGCAAUUUGGAAGUGAAUAAGAACGGAAAAUUGUCUUCAGGAGAAGAAAAUAGGGCUUUUUUCCGAAAAGGUGAGGUUGGUGAUUGGGUUACUUAUUUCACUAAGGAGAUGAUUGAGCAAUUUAAUGAGAUUUCUGAGAAAAAAUUUCACCUUUGUGGCUUGAAAUUCUAGUUUGUUUUUUUUUUGUGUGAAGGUAGAUACACUCUGUGUAUCAUAUCAUAUUAUUGUCACGUACUUACUACUUAAAUAAAUUUCAUUGGUCGAUGUAGCACCGUCAUAAAGUGAUUUAGGAUCACUCUGGUGUGUCAUUGGUGUAGUGAGAUCAAUCAGGACGUGAAUUUUUUUAUUUUUUUUUCUUAUAUGGGUGAUAUUGUAAGAGAUUAUUCUACAACGCUUAAUGUUACCAAUCAGGACGUGUAUUAAACUA